CCGAAAGAGGUUUCCCAUAUUUAUUAGCCUUAAGUAUUUCAGUGGAUGGUUAUGGUGAUGUGUAGUCUCAGAUUUGUAUGACGUUUGAGAAUAUUGUUCGUUUCGGGCAAGCUCUUUAGUUAUUUAGUAUCUUAAUGAACAUUUGUUUGUAAAAAGGAGACGCACAGAUAAAGCUUCCUGUAUUGCAGACUUUGUUGGUUGUGACAAAAUGAGAAAAUCAAAAGAAGUUAAAGUUUCCAGUGAGAAAGAAAAAGGUUCAGUUCCCCACGAGAAACAAGGGAUACAUGUUCGCUCAGAAGGAACUCUUAGUGUGGUUUCCAGUCAUGCACAUCAUUCAUGUCAAAAAGAAUAUAAAACAGGGUACAAAAGGACAUUGGUUUCAAAUAAAGUUUUAUGUGAUGAAAAUGAAUGUUUAUCAUCCAUUUCUUACGAACCUGUGUUUGAUUCAGGAUACAGCUCUACAAGUUUUCAGUCAUCAAGUAGCAUUUUACAAGGUGACAAUACUUUUUUUGAUAGUGGAAUGUCAAUUGGCACUUCAGAACUAAGUUUACAUUUUCCAGAUCAUGAAUAUUUUAUUGACUCUGAUUUCAAAAAAGAGUCUGGAACUAAGUGUGAAGAUGUAGAUGUUUGUACAAAAUUUGAUAGUGGUUUAGGAAUUGAAUUAGUUUCUGAUGUGGAUAAUGCCCUUUAUUCAAGAGAAAAAACUACUUUGACACCCCAUUUAUCAGAAACUGUGGUUGAAGAUUUCCAGUGGCAAAGUGCAUUUCAACAAGACCAAGAUGGAGACACGUUAUUACAUUUGGCUAUAGUUCAAGAAACAGUUGAAAUAAGUUUUGCACUCAUUCGUUUUGCAAUGCAUCCAGAUAUGUUAGAUAUUUUCAAUCAUUUAUCCCAGACACCACUACAUCUAGCUGUUCUCACUGGUCAGUAUAGAGUAGUGAGGAGGUUAAUUGUGGCAGGAGCAACAGUGGACAUGAGGGAUCGUCAUGGAAACACGGCAUUUCAUAUAGCAUGUGAACGAGGAGAUAUGGAAUGUCUCAGAGCAUUAACUACACCCGUUACAGAAAAUGAGGUCAUUGAAGCGAACUUACAGUAUCCAGUUGAUUUGCAGUACUUAACUCCAGACUUUUUAGAACAUCGAAACUAUGAAGGUCAAACCUGCCUACAUCUAGCAGUGCAACAAGGUCAUAUGGAUGUGAUUAGAUAUCUUGUUCAGUGUGAUGCAGAUGUGAAUGGGAAAGAAGGAAAAAGUGGAAGGACAUCUUUACAUUUGGCUGUCGAAGCCCAGAGAGAUGAUCUAGUCCAGUUCCUUCUGAAUACAUGCCAUGCUGAUGUCAAUAUCCAAAACUAUGCUGGUCACUCUCCACUACAUGUAGCUUGGAGCAUGUAUCAACUAGCACCUACAUGUUCUAAACUGAAAAACACUGUUAUUAUUUUGAAAAACCAUGGUGGAGAGCCAAGAAGACCUCCUGAAAGUGAUAUUGACUCUGACAGUGAUUCCUCUGGAGAUGAAGUGAGAGCAGUUUAAUUCUGCUCUUAGAAUGCUUGUAUUUAAUUGUUGGUGCAUUUCUAUGUUGUACUGCCAUAAUGCAGCUUUGUGUUGAUAGUAAUGGAGAUUUGCUUUUCUUGUUAUAAAAACUGUGACCUUCAGAGUUCUUAAUGGUGUGCAGAAACAUAAUGUUCAUUCCUCUCCACAACUACAAAAAUGAACUUCUAAAUGACUAUAUAUAUGCUUGUGACAUGGAUUUCAUGUAUCUGUAGAUGAUCUCUUGUACGAACAAUUAAAAAAAAAGGGGUCAAUACAUCUUAAGUGUAGGAGAAACAUCCAACAAAUACACAGAAAUGAUGAAUUCUACUAGAUUAUAUAUAUAGACUUUUCAGUGUCUGUGUGGUUUAUCAUUUGUCUUCUUGUUGAGCUUUUCUCAUUUGAUUUUCAUAGUUAUUUCAGGUUUGUAAAAGUUUUUGUUCUAAGGAAAUAAGAUAUUUCUCUAUAUAAGGAAUGCUACUUUGGGUAUUUAAUUUACAUGACAUUGUUUAUUUAACGAGCUUUAAUACAAUUUUUAUCUCGUGUGUCAGUGUGUGAGCAUGCAAUGAAGUUAGGUUUUUUCAGCAUAUCCCAGUUUAGAAAUCUCGGAUGUCUAUUGUAAUUGCUUUUGUUUUGUAUAUGAAUUUCUUUGAUUUAUAAAUUAUUUGAAGAAUUUAGUAAGCCUGAAAUAUUAUUUGAAUAUCUAUCGUUUUAUUGAAAGUAGUAAAAAUGUAGACUGAAAAAAAAGCUAGUUUUAAUAAAGCAGUUGUGUAAAAAUGAAAUGCCAAAUUUGAAGACAUCUUUAAUUUGUUGUAGUAAAAUUCAAAUAGUGGAUUGUUGUGUUGUAAGUAUUUGCAUAUGUGUUUGUGUGUGCUGUUAAUUCUUAAAUGUGUCACUUUAUUUGAUGUGGAGUAGAAUGCUUAAUUAUCUAUGAAAAUAGAUGACGUUUUUAAGUAGAGUAAGUAUUUCUACCAUACAUACAAAUAACUGAAUUAUGAGAUAUCUUCAGAUAUAUAUAUAGAUCUAAUUGUUAAUAGGACAGAUAAAAUAAUUCAUAACUAAAUCUGCUUGUAUUUUUACUAGUUAUGCACAUUUGAAUAAGAGUACAAAGUCUGUUAAUGGCAUGAUAGGAAUUUCAACUAUAACUAUCAAUCACAGUACAUAAUCAUCAGAUAAACAAAGUGUACUUGGAAAAAGUUGUAAAAUAGAUAUGUAAAUUAUGUUAGGAGUAACAAUGUCAGAAAUUAAUAUUUACUUAGAAGUAUCUUUUAAACCAUGAUACAGAAAAUUUUAAUUUGUUUACUAGAUUGAAAGCAUUAGGCACAAGCAAACAAGCUUAUACUUUGAGUUCUGUUCAUAUUCAUAGCAUAUUAGUGUUAAGAUUUCUCUUUGACAAGUAACAUUUUCAACUCUACAAUAACAAAUUUUGAAAAUUAAAUCCACUAGUAUUUUUUUUCUUGAAAAAACUAACCACCAUUCUUGUAGUUCAUGAUGCUUAUUAUUAUUUUUGUUGUUGUUGUUUUUCUCUUAAAACCCUUUAAAUAUUUAAUUUUGAAAAAAUAGUGUUCAUCCAAGGGUAGAUUGUGGUUAUCAGAAGUUGAGUGAAAGUGAAGAAGUUUUAAAAAUCUUUAAAUUAUCAGAUUAACACUAAAGUGUAAUUAGAAUUUUUAUAGAUAUUUCGGUAAGACUUUUUUCAGUUUCUAUAAAGUGUAGAAGACCUUUGAAGACACAGUUUUGACAGUAUGUACAUAACUAGCUGCACAGUGUACAUAGUGUAAUAAAUAUUAAAUCUAAUAAACUCUGGAGGAGUGUUCAAUUAUUUUUUUCAGUUUAAAUUGUAUUCAGAUUAGUUUUGUACAAGUUUCAUGUUCUGAGGAACUAGAUGUGAAUGUUCUGACUCUUUAAGUUUCAGGUUUGGUGCAGAAAGCUUGCCUAACCAUUGGGUUGGUUGUAGUUGUUGAAACUAACAAUUAUAAAAGAAAACAUUAGGCAUACCAAUCAAAGUAACAGAACCACCAAAGUUUCUUUUUGUAACUGUACCUUACAACAUUUUAAUUUUUUUAUGUAUUUAGUUCUUUAUUGUUGAUACAACAUGGCAUGCAAAAUGUCAAGUUCUAUUUGCUGAAUAUUAAAUAGUUGAGUUUCAUGUUUUAGUAUUUAAAUGUUGGACGUUAACAGGGCUAAUUUUGUAACUAAGUACUGUCUAUGCUAUCUGUCAUCCUCAUGAAUAAAAUAU